ACCACCCACUGCACUAGUACUAGCCAAGCCGGUGUCUUCUCUUCUGGCAACCUGAGUAGCUUCAGAGAUAUGGCACUAGCUGGUAGGCUGCUCGUCCUGCUCGCCGUCGUUCUCCUCGCCAUCUCCAUCGCCGAACACAAGGCGUUUGCUUCACGAACUGAAGAGCAGCGCCAGGAUAAUGAGCACCAGGGAGGUCACGGUAGUCUCAAGAUAUACGAGUGCAAGCCGAAGUGCGAUUACAGGUGCAGCGACACCAAGUACAGGAAGCCGUGCCUCUUCUUCUGCAACAAGUGCUGCAGGACCUGCCUGUGUGUGCCGUCAGGCUUCUACGGCAACAGGGAGGAGUGCGCCUGCUACAAUGACUGGAAAACCAAGGAGGGAGGGCACAAGUGCCCUUGAUUACAAGAGGUGGCGUCUUCUUCUGAAACCUACAACCAGUGCCAUAGCUGUAUCAGCCAAGCCUGAGCUGGUUAGUUUAUGUGUAACGGGUUUAGCUUUUGCGGGCGUCAGUGGGCUGUAUUGUUUGUAGGAGUAUGUGGUGCGAUUUGCCCGCCUGAUCUGCGAUUCCAGAGGGCGGCGCACGCAGAGUUGUAUCGUCGGAUUCACCAUUUGUUUCAGAGUUCGAACACACGC